AUGUUAACGAUUGACGUUUGGCAGGAAAUUGAUCGUGUGGAAUUUCAUGAAAAUGCCAUCCUUCUUGAUGUCAGAGUUCGAUCUCAGGACUAUCCCAUCAAACACAAUGUCUACGAUGACCACCAAGUCGAAUCCCAGGAUGGGCUGACUCAACAGCUCUUACGUGAUGUGCUCGAUGACUUCGCUCUUGUGCUGUCUGGCAGGGGCGGGCCUGAUCAUGUUUCGGCCGUUUGCAUGGAAUGUGAUGAAGAACGUCGGGUUAUCACUUUACGUAUCUCAAGCAACGACGGUGUCAAUCAACAAACGCUCGAUCAGCUAAACAGACUUCUGCGCUUGAUAUCUGACCCUCUCGAUAUGGGAAUCGAGCAAAGGCACGAAGACACGUUGGCGAUUAUUCUACAACAGUGCUUUGUUCCAUUCUUGAACCAUGCGAGCAAGUUCUCCAACGAACUCAGGCAGUCUGAAUGUCCCUCAGAUACAAAUCUACGAUUUCCUUCUUUCUCUACGCAAGGGAGCAUGACUGAGUCUCCCACAGAUACAGAGCAUCUCGGAAGCUACAGUCCCGAUAGCUUUGAUGCGUAUAUGCAGCUCAGUUGUGAUCGCUUACGCCAGCUGCGGAGGAUGUGUACUGAGUUGGGAAAUUCGAGAAAGCUAUCAAAUAUUUCCGACAUGAUGCUAUUGGCGAAGGCAGCCCAUGAAGUACGACGCUCCGGCUCUUUUUACUUGUUGCUACAUCACAAUAUUCGCAUGAGUCGGAAGCCAAGCGCCGUAAAUUCGAUGUUAGAAAGCCUGAAAGAGCGGCUUGGGAAGUUGUCACGAUAUUGGAGGGCUGCCAAAAUCUUGACAGCAUUUGGAGCGCUGGUGCUGACCCAGAACACUACCAUCGAUAUUCUACCUCUGCCUUCUGGAAGACACGAGAUUCCUGCGAUGAGCAAGAGAACUCUUAAAUAG